AUGGAGAAGUUUGCCGUUUUUAUUGCAGUCCUUCCCAAAGAUGCCAUCGAAAGCGUACGAGACUUUGCCACCAUGCUGUACAUGUGUAAGGUGUACUACUUCUACUACGAUCCCGUAACGCUUACCGGGGCCUGGGUCGUGGAUGGAUAUGGACAAGGCAUGCACGGACUGGAUGAGGAUGGUCCCAUUGAAGCGCUUGGAUGGAAUAUGCGUGGACAAACGAUUACGUUUCUCAACGUGGAUGCAUUCCGCGAAUCGACACACGACAUUGAUAUGGGACAAACGAUUGCCAAACGUCAUAAUGGCACCUUUCUAGUAGCUGAGAGUCUAAUGCAAUGUCACGAUUAUAUGUACAGCCCGAUGUAUGCGGUAAGCAUCGGUAGUUUCGUCACGUUGCCGGAGAUGUUUCAGCUCUGCUUCAUGGUACCAAAAAGCCCUUUCAAAUCCGUUUUCGCCAUCUUGAGCGAUCCGUUUGACGUGUACUGUUGGGGUGCGUUUCUCUUUACAAUCUGCAUGGUUGCGGUUUUAUUGUCUUUUUUCGGUGAAUCCUACCGGCGGUAUAACGUGGGACUGGUGUUCCUCGAGCUGGUAAUGCACGCGCUUAACGGGCCUUCACAUCGCUUCUACGGACGGUUCGAGGUACGACUGGUGGCACUGUUCAUGAUGAUGAACAUUGUGCUGCUGUCCUGUUACCAAUCAUUGAUCAUUUCGCUAAUGUCAUCCGAUCGCUACGAACCGGAGCUUGAAACGAUAGAGCAAAUUAACGAUACGUGUCAGUUUCAUCGUGAUAUAUUUUUGCAAAGUUUGGGCUACCGUUUCAAAAACACGAUCUACACUCACGCCACGUACGAAAGUUACGAGAAACUUUGGGUGGACAAAAUAUGCCAGAUGGUUAUGUGCAGCGAUCUUAAUACGGGCCAUAUGCUCAUCGAAACUCAAAGUAACACCCUCGACAAUUGGAAUGACCAUGGUUUGAAUCAGUAUUUCCGCUACUCGAAGGCACGACUGCGCUCUGCUGCAGUUAUGUACUUAAUAAUGAACUAUUCGCCCAUGCGUUCGUUGAUCGAACGGUAUGCGGCAGCCUAUAGCGAAGGACAUUUGCAUCAUUUGCCACUAUUGAAAGCACGUAAGAGUAGCUUCACUGGAAAAAACACGCAGUCCGCCAUAACCGUGGUUUCCAUGCGGGCGAAAGACUUGAUGAUUGUUUGGUUUAUUUUUCUAAUUGGGUGUGUAAUAAGCUUUUUAGUGUUCCUUUGUGAGCUAUUGCUGAUCUACGUUCCCAAGCUUUGCCGAAUUUUAGGAUCAAAACUAGUUGAAGAAACCAGCAUGAAAGCCUUGCAGCAAGGCAUCAAUCGUAUAUGCAACGUCACUAAUUUGAGGGAAGUUUUUCUGAUCAACAAUGAAGACGCAUCGGAAGGAUCUCUGUUCAUUUCGAAGUUCAUGUUCCAGCGACCAGUAACUUUGCGCGGUAGAUAUUUUCUUGGAAGCAUCUUAAGCGAGACGUGCUUUGUUGCAUUCAUCACAACGAAUAAACUAUCGGAGGUUUUGCGGGAUCACAUGGACAAGAGUGCGGCGUUUAUAGCUGUAUUGCCCAACGAUAUACUGGAAAGUGUACAAAAGUAUGCAGCCAGACGGUACAUUUGCAUGAUGUACUACUUUCACUACGAUCCGGUGACAUACGCGGGAUCUUGGACUUUAGUGCAAUACAGCAAAACAACUUACGAAUUGGAGCACUUUGGGAAUGGUUGGGAUCUUCGGGGUCAAACGCUGACUUAUUUGAACGCUGAUUCGCACCGUGAGACUCUGCUCGAUUCCGCACUCGGACAGACGAUUGCUGAGCGCCACAACGGCAGCUUUAAAGAAGCAGACGAUAUAAUGGAAUGCUUUGACUAUAUUUACAGUCCAACGAAUGGCCUUAGCAUGGGAAUCUUUACCAUUCUGCCCGAAUUAGUUCAUAUGUGCUUCAUAGUUCCACGUGGUCGUUUUGAGGUUCGCAUGAUAGGACUGUUUAUGCUGAUGAAUGUAGUACUGAUAUCUUGUUAUCAGUCGCUCAUUAUAUCUUUAAUGACUUCACCGCGUUAUGAUGCGGAGCUGGAUACGAUUGAGCAGGUGAAUGAGACGUGUUAUUUCCAGCACGAUGUAUAUCGCGAAAUUUUAGGUCAGCGGUUCAAGAACACGUUUCGUACCUUCGAUUUCUACGGGACGUAUGAGCAUAUGUGGAAUAGGAAAGUACUCGAAGGCUCGGAUUCACACAACUAUCGGAAUGUACAGCGUAAAUAA